AUGGGUUCCAGUACUGGAAUAAGGGGAGCACACCUGUCACUUCCCGAUUUGAUAGACCCAGAAACAAAAGCUGUGCCCUUCUCCGACAUUGUACACGGGCAGUACAGCCUUGCUGAAAAUUUGUAUUUCAGGGGGUCGCCCUGUGUUUUCAGCACUGCAGCUCAGCAGAGAAGUACAGGAGAUGAGUGUGGCCCAGAAGAUCCCCGUGAUGAGCCUAAGCAUCCCCUUUCUGACUGUGCCUUAGAGCACAAAGCCAUCAAAUUGGAAGAACAAGUCCGGGAUUUAACUGAGAGAUACCGGAAAGCCUUGGCAGAUUCUGAGAAUGUCCGGAGGAGAACGCAGAAGUUUGUGGAAGAUGCCAAGCUCUUUGGGAUCCAGAGUUUCUGCAGAGACCUUGUGGAAGUAGCAGAUAUCUUGGAGAAGACUGCUGAGAGUGCCGCAGAAGAAGCGGAGCCUGCUAUUCCAAAUCCAACCCUGAAGAAAAUCUAUGAAGGCCUCUCUCUCAUAGAGGCCAAAUUGCAAAGUGUAUUUGCCAAACAUGGCCUUCAGAAGAUGAACCCUGUUGGUGGCAAAUAUGAUCCAUAUGACCAUGAAAUAGUCUGCCAUGUACCAGCCGAGGGAAUGCAGCCAGGCACGAUAGCUCUGGUGACUCAGGAUGGCUAUAAACUCCAUGGUCGCACUAUCAGGCACGCACUCGUUGGCGUGGCAGUAGAGUCACAGGAAUGACAUGGGCUUACCCAUUGGCAUCUGGGACCUUACUGAGCUGAGGACCCCUCAGCACUUGGUCGCAACUGCAGCUGCAUGUGUUUACUUAUUUAUUAAGCUAGGUUUGUAUUGUAUGUUGGCUUCUUUAUAAUUUGUGCAGUCAUUUUGCCAUUAAUUCUAAGGUACUUGUAUAU